AUGAGGAGGAUGAGGCGAUCGCACUGGGCCUGGCGCCCUGUAGAUCGAGGAGAACAUCCCAUCGAGGAGGUCUUCCAGAGCCUCAAAUGCAGCAGGCAAGGCCUCUCCUCGGAGGAGGCCGAGGCGCGCCUCGCCGUCUUCGGCCCCAACAAGCUCGAGGAGAAGAAGGAGAGCAAGAUUCUCAAGUUCCUCGGGUUCAUGUGGAACCCGCUCUCGUGGGUGAUGGAGGCGGCGGCGAUCAUGGCCAUCGCUCUCACCAACGGGGGUGGCAAGCCACCGGAUUGGCAGGACUUCGUCGGGAUCGUGUUCCUGCUGCUGCUCAACUCCUCCAUCUCCUAA